GAUUUUCUUUUUUCCUUUUUUUAAAUCAAAUUAAAUAAAGGCUUAUCUCUUUUGUUGUUAUUUUUAUUUCCUAAUUCUAACUCUUAGUUUUGUUUAUUGUCAUUAAUUUUCUUAUUUUCCUGCUAAAAUAAAAACUGAUCCUUUCCCCAUUCCUCCUCCUUAGUUACCACAUCCUGCCCUGAAUAUUGUUUUAAUGGGGCAGAAACCACAGGGAGCAGAGGAGGCAGCACCACCUUAUCUUAGCAGCAAGGUGGCUCCUGGAACUUUCCAUAAGACAACAAUGUUAGUUCCCACUUGCCAAUAGAUUAUCACAUUUAUUGACAUAUAGUUAGAUAAAAUAACUCCUACUGAUUGUUCCAAUGUCCUCUUAAAUGGUGGAAAGUUGUCCCAUUUCUUUUCUGAAAUUAACAAUUUUAUUUUCUUUCCUUUUUCUAACUAAAUUAAAGAAAAGCUGUUCCAUUUUGUUAUCUUUUUUCCUAAAACCAACUCUUAGUUUUAAAAUGUUUAGUUUUGUAUAUGCCUGCUUAAAAAAAAAUAACCCUUUGCCCAUUUCUCAUCAUUAGUUACCACCCCGCCCCCAUAUUGUUUUAGUGGGGCAGACACCACAGCGGGCAGCGGAGGCAGCACUAACGUUAGCAGCAUGGAAUGUCUUGGAAUGUUUCAUAAGACAACAAUGGGAAGGGUCCACUUUCCCUUAGAUUAUCGGAUUCAUUGACAUAUAGUUAGGGAAAUAACUCCUAAUUAUUGCUUUAAUGACUUUUUCAUUGGUGGGAAGUUCUCCCUUUUCAUUUCUGAGUUUAAUAAUUUUAUUUUUUUCUUUCCUUUUUCUAAUCAAAUUACAUAAAAGCUGAUCUCUUUUCCCCCUUAAAACCAACUCUUAGUUUUCUUUAUUAAUUCAUUAAUUUUUUUAUAUUUGCCUGCUAAUAAAAACCUUUUGCCAAUUACUUCUCAUUAGUUACCAUACUGGCCCGCCACCCCCCACCCCCCUCCCCCGCCACACACACACACACACACACUGUGUAAGUUGAACAGACACCAUAGGGGGACAGAAGAGGCGGAGCGCUGUCUUACAUUAGCAGCAUGGAAGCUCCUGGAAUGUUCCAUAAGACAACAAUGGGGAGGGGCCACUUCCCCUCAGAUUAUGAGAUGUAUUGACAUAUAGUUAGGUAAAAUAACUCCUACUUAUUGCUCUAAUGUUGUAUUCAUUGGUGGAAAUUUCUCUUUUUUUUGUGACUAACAAUUUGAUUUUCUUUUUUCCUUUUUAAAAAUUAAAUUAAAUAAAGGCUUAUCUAUUUUGUUGUUAUUUCCCCCCUAAUACUUACUCUUAGUUUUGUUUAUUAAUUUAUUAAUUUUCUUAUUUGCCUGUUUAAAAAAAAACCAAAAUUAAUCUUUUCUCCAUUUGUCCUCCUUAGUUAACACACCCCGCUCCUCCCCCUUUAUGUUGUUUUACUGGGGCAGAGGAGGUGGAGAACUGUCUUACGUUAGCUAAGGUAGUGGAACCUUCCAUGAGGUAACAAUAGGGUGGGGCCACUUCCUGCGCCUCUACCAGUUGUCUGGACUUGGACCUACAUACUGGUAGCUCGCAGAUUUCCUCUGACUCCGGUGGUCUUGGAGGGUUACAGAUCGUUCGGUGUCCUUCGUGAUACUGUUGCCACGGCAGCCACUUCUGUUUCUUAGCCAUUGUUCAUCGAACAUCUGGGCGCACCUGCCGUCUCAACAUGUCUGAAGUAGCUAGGCAGCUGAAAGAGCUCGUAUGGGGGUCAAAGACCAACCCAGGUCUCUCAGAUCCCAUUUUUGGUCGCUGGACACAGGGCUUCGUAUUCAGUGAGGCAGAAGGCUCAGCCCUGGAGCAGUUUGAGGGGGGCCCCUGUGCUGUCAUCGCUCCUGUUCAGGCAUUUCUUUUGAAGAAACUGCUGUUCGCCUCAGAGAAGACGUCCUGGAGAGACUGUCGAGAGGAUGAGCGGAAGGAUUUGCUGUGCCAUACCUUGUGUGACAUCUUACAAGCAGCUUGCUUUAACACCUCGGGCCCCUACUGCUUGGCUGCGUGCAAGCUUAGAGGGAAGGAGACCGUUGGCUUAUCAGAUAGGCCAACUGCUGGGGGUGAGUGUAGUUGCCAGAGGGGUCACUCCUCUUCAGCCGUGGCUACCCAAGAGCAUCUGAGCUUUGAGCGAUUCCAUUCAUUAAUUCGUAGAAUGUCAUUCAAAAGUUUCCCUGAACUUAAAGAUGCCAUCUGUGAGCAAUACUCUAUGUGGGCCAAUAAAUUUGGGGUGUUACUUUUUCUUUAUUCCGUGAUACUAACCAAGGGUAUUGAAAACAUAAAAAAUGAAAUAGAGGAUUCAGCAGAACCCUUGAUUGAUCCUGUCUAUGGUUAUGGUAGCCAAAGUCUAAUUAACCUCCUCCUAACUGGGCAUGCAGUUUCUAAUGUAUGGGAUGGAGAUAAAGAGUGUUCUGGAAUGAAGCUUCUAGGCAUACAUAAGCAGUCUACAGUAGGCUUCUUAACCCUUAUGGAGUCACUCAGUUAUUGUAAGGUUGGCUCCUAUUUGAAAUCGCCUAAGUUUCCCAUUUGGAUUGUUGGUAGUGAAACUCACCUUACUGUUUUAUUUGCUAAGGAUAUGGCCCUGGUGCCUCCUGAGACACCUUCUGAGCAAGCCAGGAGGAUUUUUCAGACAUAUGAUCCUGAAGAUAAUGGAUUUAUACCAGAUACUCUAUUAAAGCAUGUGAUGAAAGCAUUGGAUCUAGUUUCAGAUCCUGAAUGUGUUAGAGUCAUGAAAAACAAAUUAGACCCAGAGGGACUAGGAAUUAUAUUACUAGGUCCCUUCCUCCAAGAAUUUUUCCCAGAGCAGAAUUCAAAUGUGCCAGAGUCCUUUACUGUAUACCACUAUAAUGGACUAAAACAAUCCAAUUUUAAUGAAAAGGUCAUGUAUGUGGAAGGCACAGCUGUUGUAAUGGGUUUUGGAGACCCUUUGCUGCAGACAGAUGACACACCAGUUAAACGCUGUCUGCAAACAAAAUGGCCAUCCAUAGAAUUGCUUUGGACAACUGAUAGAUCUCCUUCAUUAAACUAAUUUGCCCAAAUGUUUAUAAAGAAAACAUUGUAUGCUACUAUUUAGGAGAUAUUUUAAAAAAUGGAAAUGGAAUGUAAAAGAAUGUAUGUUGACUAAAACAAAUUACUGGUAUAAAUAAAAUUAUAUGAAAUCCA